AUGUCCACCCCACAACCCUUCAACAUCCUAGUCUUCAGCAAAACAACCGGCUACCGCCACGACUCCAUCCCCGCCGGCAUAAACCUCUUCCACACGCUAUCGACUCGCACAAAGUCCUUCAAUGUAACCGCGACCGAAGACGCCGCCGUCUUCACGCCCACCACCCUGUCCGCCUACACCGUCAUCGUGCUCCUGCAAAACAUCGGUCCCGCACUCCUCACCGCAGACCAACUCUCAGCCUUUCACGACUGGGUCAGAGCAGGGGGUGGAGUAGUCGCUAUCCAUGGCGCGGCAGCAGGAAUGCCAGAAGAGAAGUGGUAUACGGAUUUGAUUGGGGCGAGCUUCGAUAUGCACCCUGAGCCUGAACCGGGGACUGUUGUGCCCGAAGAGGACGCGCAGAAACAUUAUAUUAUGAGUUGUUGUGGCGGGAGAGAAGCAUGGAUGGAUGAGUGGUACAACUUCCAUACGCACCCUCGUGAGAAUAAGAAUUUGAACGUUUUGCUGAGAGGGGAUCCGAAGACUUUCAAAGGCGGGAAGCAUGGUGAUGAUCAUCCGUUGGUUUGGUGUCAGGAGUUUGAAGGCGGCAGGGUGUUUUUCACGGCAUUGGGGCAUUUUGAUGAUGCGUAUGAGGACGAGUGGUUUGUGGGACAGGUCGAGAGGGGGCUCAUGUGGGCUGCGCGGAAAGAGUAA